GCCGGCCCAGUCCUUUUGAGUAUCCGUUUUUUCAGUGUUCGGCUGUCAUUUCCUUGGCCCUUGGCAUUGGGCAUCGGCAUUUUCAAGUUGGUUCUUUUCUUCGUCUAACACCGGAAAUUCUCUACUCAGCUGCUCUGUUGAACUUAUCUCUGAUCUAUGAAUGGCGACCUGUAGUGUCGGGCUUCAACGUUUGUCUGUGUUAUCCUGUACGAAUGUGGUUUUUUUAAGAAGACCCAACAAACCGUUAUCCACAGCAGUUGUUACCUUUAAUGCCUUUGUAGCCAAUAAGUCAAACAGGAUAAUAAGAAGCUGCUCUACCAAUGCAUUCGUGGUUGCUGACGAUGAAAAGUAUGGCAAUAAACAGAUUAUUAGUAUUACUCCUCGCCUUUAUGAUUACAUCCUCAGCAACGUUCGAGAACCAGAGAUUCUAAGGCAACUCCGGGAAGAGACCGCGUCUAUGCGUGGUAGUCAAAUGCAGGUGUCCCCAGACCAGGCUCAACUACUUGCAAUGCUCGUGCAGAUUCUUGGUGCAGAACGGUGUAUUGAACUUGGUGUUUACACUGGUUAUUCAUCAUUGGCCAUAGCAUUAGCCUUACCUGACUCAGGCCUCUUAGUUGCUUGUGAAAGAGAUGCUAGAUGUCUUGAAGUAGCAAAAAAGUAUUAUGGUCGUGCCAAUGUUUCACAUAAGGUGCAAGUUAAACAUGGACUUGCAGCAGAUAUCCUAAAAUCAUUGAUUUUAAGUGGUGAAGCAUGCAGUUAUGACUUUGCAUUUGUUGAUGCUGAAAAAAGAAUGAAUCAGGAAUACUACGAAUUAUUGUUGCAACUGAUAAGAGUAGGCGGCGUCAUUGUGAUUGACAAUGUCCUUUGGCAUGGAAAAGUUGCUGAUCCAAUGGUGAAUGAUGCCAAGACUGCCAGCAUUAGGAGUUUCAAUAAAAGCCUCAUGGAGGACUCGCGUGUAAGCAUUAGCAUGGUGCCAAUUGGAGACGGGAUUACAAUAUGCAGAAAAAGAUAACCAUUUAGUAGUUGAUAAUAGGAUGCUAAUACAGUCAAUUUACAACACAUACUGUCUACAUAGGCAGUGAAACAUGGCUAUGGAUUCAUACAUCAGAUGUAGCUAGACGUGGGGAUGAAAUCAGAUUGGGAAAGAUUCGAAGGACUUUGGCAGAAAAUUUAUAAAAAGAAUCAAGCUCACAGGUGUCUUGUUCAACAUUUCUGGAAAAGUUUCAAUAAGUUUUUGUGUUUGAAUUUGAAACACCAAUGGGUUUUAUGCAUAAUAUGGAAUGAAUGUACAUGCAUAGAGAGAGGGUAGUGAAUCAUUGUUCCUCUCCUUGCUAAACAUUUCAGAGCAAGUUAUUGUGCAAGCUAUCCUACAGCCAAAGUAAUUGAAAAAUCUAUAUACUAAAAGCUUAAAUUGGUAUAA